AUGCAAUACUUAUUCGGCAUCACUCUGCUCCUAGGGAUCUCCAUUGCCCGACCUCCAUUCCCUCGGGAUGUCGUGAGCCCUCGAACUGGAAAUGUAAUCAAUAAACCCUGGGAGCUGGCUCAGUUUCACCUCGAACCUUUCAAUCUCACAGACAUGGGGGUCGAAUGUUCAAAGAACACGAAUUCUUCAUUGUUCGGAUGUUCCAUCCAAUUUAAAUGGGAAGACCCAAACGCCAACCAAUCCUGCAGUUGCAAGGAAGACUGGCAGUGGAAUGGCAUCACUCAAUCUCAAGGGCCCAUGAACAACUACAGCACGGAAUACUUCGUCUGCAAGAACGACGACACCGAAAUCUUCCAAUUCAAGUUCAUGGACAUGUUCGACAUAUCGAACUUCAGCCUCUCUCUGACGCACGCAUAUAAAGAUAACAAGAACUUCCCGGCGCCUACAAUGGCCAAUAUGUUUUCACAGCCGAAUAUUACUCUCAAAUUAAAGGAGAAAUCCAAUACUACGAUGGCGUAUUCCUCCGCCUGCGACUGUCCCAUAAAAGCGAACAUUACCGGCAUAACAAUUUAA